CCACCUCACCUCAGCGAAUCGCUCAUUGGUUCGCUUUAAUCUCUACCUACCACCGACCUCCCCCCCUUCCUUCGAAACCCUCAUCCAUCGACAUCAAAACCCUCUUCUCCUCCUCAUCCUCUAUCGUCGCACAUCGAUCGAUGUCGCCUCCUCCUCCCCUUCUCCGCAAAGAAGCGGCUCCCGAUUGGGCCGCGCUACCUCCCGAGCUCCUUGCCCUCGUCGCCGAACGGCUCCGUCACAGCGUCGACUAUGUUCGAUUCCGUUCCGUCUGUUCCCGCUGGCGCGCCGCCGCUCGACGCAUCCCCUUUCCGCCUCUCCUCGCCUUACCCUUCGACCCUGACGCCGCUGCCCUCCCCUUCUUCGAUCCCUCCGAGAUCGCCUCAUCCGCCGCGGUCCACUCGCUCCCCCUCCCCGAGGCCCGCCAUCAGGCUCUCCUCGGCUCCUCCCGCGGCUGGCUUUUCUUGAUCGACGAGGCUGGCUCCGUCUCCCUUCUAAAUCCCUUCACCCGCGCCAGGUUCUGCCUCCCGCCGGUCACCGAGAGUCUCGCCCGCGCCUCCAGCUUGAGCGUCUCCAAAGUCCGCGACCGCUGGGUGCUCGACCACAGAAACGGCAAGCACCCCGUCACGCUGUACCACAUGCGGAGCACUUUCAUUUCGGAGGCGACCCUCUCCUCCUCUCCGAGCGAGGGAGACGAAUGCGCCGUCAUCAUCGUGGCUGUUCUCGCUUCGUCCACUAAACUUGCUUUCUGCCGGAUCGGAGACCGUGAGUGGACUCUCUUCAAUACCGCCCUGCAUAACUUUGUCAGCUCCGUUGCAUACUGUGAUGGUCGGUUCUAUGCCGUGGACGCAUUUGGAGAAGUUUGCGUCUGCGAUGUCGGUAUUUCCACACGCGCAACUUAUAUUUCGUCGCUGAUGGUGCCUCCUGAACGUGACAGCUUCAGAAUUAUGGGGUUGAAGAAGGAACUGCUGCUGGUUGCUCAUUACAUGGACGGAGAUUUCCCACAUUUCAAGCAUCAUUACGAGAUUUAUAGGACUGAUAUUAAACGAAGGAUGAAGUGGUACCAUGUGGAUACCAUCGGUGGUAGGACAGUGUUCUUGUCUGUCCAUUUCAACUCAAAUGCCAUUGGAGGUGCAUUCUAUGGAUGCAAAAGCAACGCCAUGUAUUUCUCCGAGCCUAUUCGUGGUGGCCGUGAACCUUCCAGGUCUCAGAUUCACAAGAUGGCAGUAAUGGAUGUAACGAAUGGGUGUUUGGAGGUGAUAUCAUGUAAUUGUAACGUGCAAUUCUCAAGAGAGGUUUUCUGGUUUACUCCUUGUCUCUACUGACAAGGCUUUUUCAAAUGGAAGAAGGAGCUUCUGAUGGUUGCUCUAAUGGUUCAAAUUGAGUAGGAACUCGAGAAUGGCCAUCACAGGUAUCUCUACGAGAUCUACAAGUUGGGUAUGAUGGAUGAACUGACAUGGUCCAGAAUGAAUAGUGUUUAUUGGUGAGGAGAUGUUGUUUGUGUCUCGGUAUUACAACUGUCAGUAUGUUGGAAAUGGGCUUCAUGGGUGCAGAGGAAACUGCACAUACUUUCCUUAGCCCUGGGAUUCUGCAUCUGGAGGUUGUUGAUUUUGUUGAUGGUAGCAAGCAAUUCAUAUCAACUCAUUGCACUGAAAAAAUGUUCCCAAUUUGUCUUGUGGUUCAAGCCUAGCCUACUAUAGCAAGGUAUUGACAUAUGCUCCCUAUGCUUGAUGUGCAUAUUUUAGUUUAUUGUUCCUAUUCAGUUUCUAAUUUCUUUCACAGUUUCACUGUACUGAUUCUUUUCCAUUUCAUCUGAACUCAUCAUAGUUACAAUAAUCUUCUUUAUUAUUAACACCCAUCACAGUCUCUAAUUUAAACUAAAGUUCUAUGCAAUUUCUAAGACAGCAGAAGAUAAAUGCCUCAUGAUAAGAGUUAUAUACAUAUUAGCAAGGCGAAAAUGGACCUGGGCGAACAACUAGGUCAUAUGGGCUUUAGUCCAAUAUAAAAUACCGAUGGAAUAUUUUGCCCAUACUGUAGAAUAUUCAUAUGAACGGUUAAGACCGUUAUAAAAAGUCUACCAGGUCACAAUAAGGAAUGUUAGUUAACGUUUAUUUGAAACUCCCGUUUUCUAUUCCAGCACUAACUAGAGCAUUAAAGGGACUACGUCGGAAAUCCCACUUGGUGUUAGUCUUCAUACAGGUUGGUCAUCAGGUAGACGCCCAAGCCCCUCUAAGCCAUAGAUCAAGUGUUUGUGGCUCCCUUACGGCCACGUCAAAUUGAGCUGGACAUCACCAAUAUCCAACAUAUCAACGUCCAUACAUGAAAUAGUUUCUCCAACUAAUUCUAAAAGAGCUUUUAAUUCAUAAAAAAAAGAUAAUAUUAAGUGGUAUUCAUUUUUUUUUUUUUGCAUCAUUUAGGAAUGUGGUUAAAAAUAUGAAAUAACACGAAUACAAGAUGAAAUAGAUAAAAUGCAUUGCCCCAUGGAAUAUUUGUUCCCUCAAGAGUGAAAAAUGUAAUAAAAAUGUGACCAUGAUAAAAAUUGAAUCAGAAUUAUAUGCUGCAAAACAUAGACAAAAAAGAUAAAUCAAAACAUUAAAGAAAACAAAUUGACAUUACAUAAAUGUAGCUUCCUUGAAUAACUUGCUAGAACAGAUAAGGUGCUAGCCAAUAGAUCACAUUAGACGAGUUUGGAAACCAAUUGCUAAACACAUUUUUGGUUGUACCAUACUCUAAGUGAACCAUGCUAAAAUAGUGUACUUUGCUCCCACGAUGAUAUGGGGAUGGAUGUAGUCGAGGAAUAUGGAUGUAAUUUCUACUUUCUACUAUAAUCCUCACAUUGGUUGUGGAUGAUACAUGAGCUGUAGUACAACGAUAUGAACAGUGUGUUGUUGCCUAGGCUUGCUACUCUAGUCCAGUAAGGUGACUAGUUCUGGGUGUAUCUAAACAGUAGGCAUGACCUCGUGACCUGAUUUUUGUUUGACAUGAACAACUGUAGAUGAGUAGCUCUCCUUGCCAUUUCAACUAGCGAAAGAUGCAAAAGUUGCAAUGUACUUGGAGAGUCACAAUGAACCAGACACGAACAGGUGGGCUAACAUCGAGCAUUGCCACCCUCAUGAAAUCAGUCAGGUAGAACUUUUUGCUGCAAUACACGAUAAUUUGGAUGACAACGCCCAGGUCAGUUUCCAUGAUGGUCCAAGUCACGUCCCUUAGUUGGUAGAAAGCAACGUAGGUGGAGAAAGGUAGCGUGGCGAGGAUGAUGUCUCCGGUCCAAACAUAACCGAAGAAUGGAAAAGAUUUUUCCAACUGCAUCGUCCUUGCCAACCUAAUUCUUUAAGAGGACAAUCCAUAAAUAAUUGAAGAAUGGAAAAGAUUUUUAAGGAGUCUCGGGUCUAAGAAGCAUGAUAAAUACCAUCAAAGCUUAGGAUGUAGAGGAAAUUAAAUAAAUUACUCUAAUAUAGACUAUGAAAAUGUGUUUAUAACCUCCGUCAAGAUAUUUCAAUUGGGGACUAAGCUUCUAUUUUGUCAACUUUCAUAAUUUUUAAUAAUACUUGAACUAAGUCAUAUUAUCAUUUUUCAUCAAAAGUAUUGAUGAAAGUUGAUCUUAUUUUGCUACACGUCUUCCCAAUCUAAUAUAAAUGUUACUUUUUCAUAUGGAUAGUAUCUCACAUGGGCCUAAAGUAUGAAUCUCAAUCAGCAAAAUCCCAUGAAAUUAUACUACCUCGACUUCAUUGCCAAUUAUAACAAGAAAUAUUGUCUUGGGUCUAUACAUAACCGAAGUAUGGAAAAGAUUUAUCUAUACAUAACCGAAGAAUGAAAAAGAUUUUUCUAGCUGCAUUGUCCUCCAACUUGCCUUUCUUUACUUGGGUUGCUUUUUGCUGAAUAGGGGACAUGAUCUAGAUCAUUGUGGAAGUUGGCUUGGGCGAUGUCGUCUAAACCGUCGUGUAUAGUAGCAGUAGGUUCUACUUGACUGAUUUCAUGAGUAUGGAAUCAGGUUAAGGAGUCAUACUGACUUUUUAGAUACACCAAGAACUGGUCGUCUUAUUGGAUCGGAGUCAUAAGCCUAGGCGAUAGCAUACUGUUCAUGUUGUAGUACUACAACUCUUGUAUCAUCCGCAACCAACAUGAGAGUUGCAAUAGAAAUUGCAUCUAUUUUUCUGGACUAGAUCCUUCUUCAUAUCGUUCUAAGAGCAAGGGUCAUUAUUUCAACGUGGUUCACUUCAAGUAUGGUACAAUCGAAAAUGUGGUUUGCUGUUGGUUCCCAAACUCAUCUAAUGUGAUCUCUUAGCUAGCACCUAAUUUGUUUUAACAAUUUAUUCAAGAAAGCUGUAUUUAUAUAAUGUAUAUAUAUUUUAAUGCUUCAAUUUAUCUUUUUUGUCUAUAUUUUGCAGCUUAUGAUUCUGAUUCAUUUAUUUAUCGACUCUUUUCUGUUAUAUUUUUCACUAAUCAGGUAAUAUUCCAUAGGGCAAUGCAUUUUAUUUGUUGCUUUUUGUAUUCAUGUUGUUUCACAUUUUGAAUCACAUUCCUAGAUGAAGCAAAAGCUCUUUUAGAAUUGGUUGGACAUAAACUAUUUUAUGUAUGAAAGUUGAAUGUUGUCUUAAGGCCUAACAACAAAAGCUACUUGAACCUUAAUUGAAGCUUCCAAGUUGGAAAUAAAUAUCCAUGCCAAAUAUCCAUGUCAAAACCUUGAAAUUCUUUAGAUUUUUUUGAAGAAUGAGCUCAACUAAAAAAAAAGAGGUAAUAAGUGUCUUUUGUCGUUUUCACUUGAAUACCUGAUAAAUUGUCAUGCCCACGUCAUGAAUUAUAAGAGUUAAAUCCAAGAUCUCUAGGUUCUAGAUGUGCUGACUGUUGUCGGGCACAAAAGCAUGGUACAACAUGGGAGGUGUGCCGAUGUAAGAAGCAUUAGCAAGGAGGCGUACAAACGUGACAUAGUAUAGACAAGACAACUUGAUAUAUUCAAGAAAAGUAACACAAGACUCGACAUGGACACGACAAUAAGUAUCUUCUAUAUGCUGCUAUAAUUUUUUAUGUGAAGAUGUAUUCUUUACCGGUUAGAAAAGUGAAUUGUUAUAAAUUUAGCAUAUAAAAAGUCUACAUAAAUAAAACAUAUUUAUAAAUAUACUUCAAAUGCAUGUAUAAAACAGUAAUGAGACAUACCUAUAAUAGCAAAACACAUAAAUAUUGCUAGUAUUUGACAUGUCUAAAAUUAUUUAGAUACACUUGUUCUAGUAUAGUUUCAAACUUGGCACAUAAUAGGAAGUAUAUGACAAGUAUUGGUUUCCGACAUAACUAAAACAUGUAUUGAGGUGUUUAUGCCUUAUAGGUGUCAGUAGAGGCUUAGACGGGAUUAUGGUUUGUUCCACCACCAGUGGACAUUUAUGGAAUCUAUCUUCUAAAAAGAAGGAAAAUAAUAUUUGCAUUCCUUGCACUUUUUGUUGCCCAUAUCUUCUCCUUUCUAAGUGAAAAGUAAUGGUGACCUGCCUAAGACAGGAGCCUCAUAACAUGUUGACAUAAAGACUGGAGAUCUAAGAGUUCUGUCAGCGGAGGGUAUAACUUUCCUGGAGAUUGAUCCUGUUGAGAAUAGUAAUGGGGGGGACACAUUAGAGUGAAGGAUCUGAGGUAUCCUCUAUCACCACGAUGAGGUUGAUCCCUCCUUUAGUAGACUCUGCUAUGAAUGAAGAAAUGAAUGUCUCAUUCUGUAGGGCACUGCUAACCCCGAAGAAGGAUCACAUUUUAGGAAGUAUCUGACAAGUAUUGUUGUCAGACAUAACUAAAACAAGAAUUGAAGCAUAUUUAUGCUUUAUAGGUGCCAAUAGAGGGCUAGGCUGGAACAACUCUUAUAACUUAUGCCAAGUGUCAAGUACAACAUUAGCAUAUUAGGGGGAUGUGCUUUGCUUUGAUAUAGAAAAUCUGAGUAAGAUACAUCAUAUUCUUUACAUUUAGUAUCAUUAGCUUUUAAGCAUGCAAGGCUCCAAGUUAUUGUAUCAUUUAGCUUUUGACAUUGAUUGAUUCUAAUGGGUGGUUCAUAUGAUUUUUUCCUUCAUGGAUCAUGGCAUUUUUUAGCUGAUCCCUAAUAGUUGGGAUAUUUCGAGUUGUAUGGAACAUGUUGCUUUCUAGCAUAUGAGGAACUUUAGACUUAAUUGCACAUCUUCCUCUCUAGUAUAUGAAACAUAUGCAAUAUGACAUUUAAACCAAACUUUGUAAUAGUUUCUAACUUCUUUGAAUAAAGUGAGAAGCAGGAGCAGUCUGUUGUGGGGUUUCAGAGCAGCUGAUUUCUGAUGCUAAAUUAUUCAUUGUAAAUGGACUUGCAGUAAAAUUAUUCAUAGUAAAAGAUUUGUUCAUCAUAUUUUAAUUUUACUUGUUUUUAACUAUUCUGAAUUGCAGUAAUUAUUUUUACAAUCUACAGUUUCAUUGUAAACAAAACCUUCAGCAGGGAAAACUAGAAACAAGAAAAUAGAAUCAUUGCAGA